AUGGCGGAAGCCGAAGUUGCGGAUGGUUGUGGUGAAAGCUUAAAAAAUGACGAUCAAUGUGAUCUAGCGGACGCAGAAAUUUUAGAAGUCAAUAAGGCUUCUAAUGAAAACAACAACAACAAUGAUGACAUCAACAACAGCAAUGAUGACAACAACAUCAAUUGUGAAAGUAAUAAUGAAGAAAAGAAUCCACAAAAAAAUGAUAACCAAAUAGAAAUUAGUGAUGAAAUUAGGACAACAACCAAAGAAGAGGAACAGAGCAACUUACAGAACCGGCCCCAAUCUCGAUCUCCAUCACCAGCAAAUAAUAAACGUUCUAGAAGUAGGUCAACUAGGUCAAGGUCAUAUAGUCCCAACAAAACCAAAAAAGGUUCAAAACAGAGAAAACGCUCUUCAGAUGAUAUCGAAUUGUUAGCACCUCUUGAUGAAAAUCUCGCCACCAUAAUGGGCUUCUCGCAAUUCGACACUACUAAAAAAUCCUACGAGGAGUCCUGUCCGUACAUUAGCGACGACGAAUCAGGAGAUAGUAGACCGCGCAGGUUUGGUCGCACCUCUUCAAAUCGAGAUAGAAGAGACAGUGGUUAUCAAAGAGACUUUGGCAGGCGAGACAGAUCAAGAGAUGGUGAUAGACGACGGAGUGGAGGUGACUCUGGUGGCAGCAGAAAUCACGGCAGAAGUGAUCCAUUCAAUCACAAUAGGAGAGAUAGUGGAGGAAGGAGAGGUGACAGACGAGACAGUAGUAGAGAUAGAGGAGGAGGAGGAUUCAGACGAGAUUUCAAUCGUCGAGAUGAUCGUGGUGGUGGCCGAGAUAACAGGGACAGAGAUCAAAAUAGAUAUUCAGGAGGAGGUGGUAGUCGAGAUAGGGACAGAGGAAGUGGUAGAGAUUGGGACAGAAGGGACUAUUACAGCAGGGAUGGUGGUGAUCGUAGGCACUCCAAGGAUAACUUCGGAGGAGGGAAUAAUAGAAAUAACUACAGAAACAGUUUUGGUAGUGCUGGAAAUUUAGCUGGUGCAAACAACUUUGAUAACAAUUUCAACAAUAAGAGUGAUAAUUAUGGCAGUGGGGGUGGCAUAAAACCUCUCAUUGAUCCUCAAUUUUUAGCAUGCGCUGGCAUAAAUAACGGACCUCCAUCUAGUGCAUCUAAUCUACUAAGCAGUCAGAACCAACCGAAAAGACCAUCAAGAUUUGGGCCCAGCUUGAACGUCAACCAAAAUUCCAAUAACCCAACAGCUAGUAAUACGAACAACAACACAAGUACCAGCAACCCCCAGAUGAAUCAAAUGUCUCGGCCACCAAUGCAAUCGGGCUGCCCUCCUCCUCGACAGCAACAACAGCCCCCUCCUCCUCCUCCUCCUCCCCCACAGCAUCCACAAAAGCACCAACAAAUGCAAACAACUUCUAACUACGACACAAACAAACAGGCAUCCACUUACAAUUACGGCACCUCCACUGGAUAUAACAUGCCCGCUUACAAUGCACCGCCAUCUUCUUCAAGCAGCUAUUCAGUUACUAAUUAUUCCACUAACUACACAGCUACUAACCCAGCUAAUAGCAGCUACACAGCUAACAGCAGCAGCUAUUCAUCUGACAGAAGCGGCUACUCAGCUAACAGUAGUAGCCACCAAACCAACACUAGCAGCUACUCAGCUGGCAGUGCUAACAUAUCAUCGGGUUCGGGUAAUAAUUACAUGGCAGCCUACAACUCAAGAGUCACAAAUCCAUACAAUGUUGGUGCUCCUCUUCCAAUUAAUCCUCCCAUCAUGCCCCCAAUGUCAUAUCCUAAUCCAUACGCUAUGCCUCCAGUGCCUGGACCCCCACCCGACCCAAGCCAGUAUGGUGCGUGGAAUACGUGGAAUAAUUAUUAUGGAAGCAUGGGAUAUGGAUAUCCAGGAAUGUGCGGUUAUAUGAGUGGGGCUGUUGGUAGUGGACAGCGGCCCGCCACCACAACUUCUGCUACACCUGGCUCACAAUCAGCUGGCUCGAGUACAAACAAAUAGAUAGAAGAUUAUUAUAUAUUAAUUAUUUAAUUAAUUAUUAUUUGAUUUUAUUGCUAUUAUUUUAGGUUGUUUGUUUUAUCAUUGGCUAUUUAUUAUCCACAAUUGAGAUGGAGAGAGCAGGUGGAGAUGGACAAAGUGAAAGCGGGGUUGGGUGAUACUGAGGCGAGUGACAGAUGUGAAUGGCGUCGAGGGGUAUUUCGGUUUCAUCAUAGGUAGCCAAACGUAUCUCGGGGAAAUUGUCGUCUAAACGUGUGUUGUUGUUGUUGUUUGUUUUAUUAUUGGCUUUUAUUAUAUGUUUUCAGUUUAGGGAUCAAUGUUUAAAAUGAACAUGUUUGUGUAUGCGUGUGUGUGUGUAUAUACGCGUGACGUGUGUGUGGUUAGUUGCAUGUACAGCAUUCUAUGAUUUUAUGAAAAAUAAAAGGCACUUGUUUGGUCUUUCGAGUACACCGGUUUUUGGUACCUUAAGGUACUCUUUAGCUGUUUAAUCUAGGUGAUUAUAAUGCUAAUUGUCUUGUUUUGAUUGUUUUAAAGCAUUUUAAGAUUUGAUUGGUUGUGUAACAGUUACUUUUUUGGACCUUGAAGUGUACUAUUUUGUAAGAUCUUAAGGUACUUAUUAACAGUUUAACAUGCAUCUUAUUUUUCGAUUGUCGUUGAAAUUAACUAAAUGUUGUGGGAUUGUAUGAGAUGGGUAGAUGGUUCAUUUUACACCUUUGUCUUAUUACUACUUGUAUAAUUGAUUUAAAAAAAACUGUUGCAAUGCGUUGGUUGCAGUUUAUUUUCUUGGUCAUUAUUAUUAUUUUUGUCAUUCAUUCGUAUCAUUAAUUAGUAUCAUUCAUUAUCACUACAUGUCAUUUAUUUUCAUAUAAAUCUUCGCCAUGCUCUAUCAUUUCAGUUACGUAUUUGUAUAAAUAUUUCACCAAACAUUUUAUUCUAUUUGUUACAAUAAUUUUUAAUUAUUAUUAUUAUUAUUCAAA